CAACUGACGUUAAAAAGGGGUCCUAAGUUUUGAGACCACUCAGCCGAGGAUUCGAUUCCAACGCGCCAAGGCUCAGCAUACACGCCAUUCCCCCACCCGCUAGGCCAGGACCUCCACAAAGCCUCGCGGGAGGCGGGGCCAUGCCGUCACAGAGACGUCCCGCCCCCUUACGUCGCGCACUAGGAGGCCAGAAGGUUUCUGGCGGGGCCGGCGCCAUUUUGCCGGAGCCUGCGACCGAGUGGGAGUGGAGUGGAGCGGCCGUUGUUGCCGACUCUUUCCUCCUCCCCACGGUCCAGUCAGCGGUUGAUUAGGCCAUCGGCCCUCAAGCCGAGACUUGUCUCUCAUUUAGUUUUGGGGAGCGUCUGGCCGACAUGAGUGAUGUAGAGGAGAACAACUUCGAGGGCAGAGAGUCUCGCUCUCAGUCAAAAUCUCCAACGGGAACUCCUGCUCGUGUAAAAUCGGAGAGCAGGUCAGGAUCUCGUAGUCCAUCAAGGGUUUCCAAACACUCUGAAUCCCAUUCUCGAUCAAGAUCAAAAUCCAGGUCGAGGUCAAGGAGGCAUUCUCAUAGACGUUACACUCGAUCCAGAUCCCAUUCUCACUCUCAUAGGAGACGAUCUCGAAGUAGGUCAUAUACACCUGAAUACCGGCGUCGUAGAAGCCGAAGUCACUCUCCAAUGUCUAACCGGAGAAGACAUACAGGCAGCAGGGCAAAUCCAGAUCCCAACACUUGCCUUGGAGUGUUUGGCCUCAGUUUGUACACAACAGAGAGAGAUCUUCGUGAAGUAUUUUCUCGAUACGGACCAUUGAGUGGUGUCAAUGUGGUUUAUGAUCAGCGAACUGGACGAUCACGAGGAUUUGCUUUUGUUUAUUUUGAAAGAAUAGAUGACUCAAAGGAGGCAAUGGAAAGAGCAAAUGGAAUGGAGCUGGAUGGUCGAAGAAUUCGUGUGGAUUAUUCUAUUACCAAGAGAGCGCACACACCUACACCUGGCAUCUACAUGGGCAGACCAACUCAUAGUGGCGGUGGUGGUGGCGGAGGUGGUGGUGGAGGUGGAGGAGGUGGCAGGCGUCGGGAUUCUUACUAUGAUAGAGGAUAUGAUCGUGGGUAUGACAGAUAUGAAGACUAUGAUUACCGGUACAGAAGAAGAUCACCUUCUCCUUACUAUAGUCGAUACAGAUCACGAUCAAGAUCUCGUUCCUACAGUCCACGACGCUAUUGAUAAACAGAAUGGUUGCAGAUGAGGACAUCUUUCUCUCUCUCUCUUUUUUUUUUUUUUUUUUUUUUUUUUUUUUU